GGGAGUCCGCCAUAAAUAGUUUGCUGCAGAAAUUUUGAUCAAAUAUGAGCAGCAAAGAAUGGAAGCGCGUGGUCAAGUUGGAGUAUAUGAAAAUACGCCAGCAAAAGCGAUACAAACGCGCUGACGAAAUCAAAGAAGCAUGGAUCAAAAACUGGGAUGAGCACAAUCACAAUGUGCAGGAUUUAUAUUGCGACUCGAAGGUGUGGCAGGCAAAGCCAUACGAUCCUCCACACGUUGACUGCGUUAAGCGUGCUGAGGUGACUAGCUACAAUGGCCCCAACAGCGGUCCGCAACGCGUGCCCAUUUGCGUGAUCAACGCCGUCACGCCCAUACCCACAAUGUACACAUGGGCGCCCACACAGCAGAAUUUCAUGGUCGAGGACGAAACGGUGCUGCACAACAUUCCGUAUAUGGGUGAUGAAGUGCUCGACAAGGAUGGCAAGUUCAUAGAGGAAUUGAUCAAGAACUACGAUGGCAAAGUUCACGGAGACAAAGAUCCAUCUUUCAUGGAUGACGCCAUAUUUGUGGAAUUGGUGCAUGCGUUGAUGCGCUCGCACAGUAAGGACUUGGAGGAACCUACAGCAACUUCGUCUGUUAAAACAGAGACUGCAACAACAUCAAAAGUAAAGGAGGAAGACGAAAAAGAUGUGACACCGGCAAUAUCAGAGCCAACAACAGAAGUUUCUUCAGCUGUAGAGGACGAUAAAGAAGAAUCGGCCAAUGCAGAUGUGUCAGAUACAAAGGGCAAAGUAGAGAAAGUCAAAGAGAAACUACCAUUCCCCGCACCAAUCAUAUUUCAAGCAAUCAGUGCCAACUUCCCAGAUAAGGGCACAGCUCAGGAACUAAAGGAGAAGUACAUUGAGCUCACUGAGCAUCAGGAUCCCGAGCGUCCCCAGGAGUGCACUCCCAACAUCGAUGGCAUCAAGGCGGAGAGCGUUUCCCGUGAACGCACUAUGCACUCAUUCCAUACUCUAUUCUGUCGACGCUGCUUCAAAUACGACUGCUUCCUUCAUCGUCACCAUGUACAGGGUUUGCAAGGACACGCUGGUCCCAAUCUACAAAAGCGUCGCUAUCCGGAACUGAAGGCCUUUGCUGAGCCAUGCAGUAACUCUUGCUAUAUGCUAAUAGAUGGGAUGAAGGAGAAGCUGGCAGCAGAUAGUAAGACGCCGCCCAUAGAUUCUUGCAACGAGGCCAGCUCUGAGGACAGCAACGACAGCAACAGCCAGUUCAGCAACAAGGACUUNAACCCCGAGAACGGAAAGGAUAAUAGCAUAGCUGUCAACAGUGCAGAAAUUAACUCCAUAAUGGCUGGCAUGAUGAACAUAACCAGCACGCAGUGCGUUUGGACUGGCGCCGACCAAGCGCUCUUUAGAGUACUGCACAAGGUGUACCUAAAGAACUAUUGUGCUGUUGCGCACAACAUGCUUACGAAGACCUGUCGGCAGGUUUAUGAAUUUGCGCAGAAAGAGGCGGCCGAGUUUAGCUUUGAGGAUCUGCGCCAAGACUUUACUCCGCCGCGAAAGAAGAAGAAGAAGCAGCGAUUGUGGUCUCUGCAUUGCCGCAAGAUACAGCUGAAGAAGGACUCGUCAUCMAAUCAUGUGUACAACUACACACCCUGCGAUCACGCCGGCCCUUGCGACAUGAACUGCUCCUGCAUUCAGACGCAGAACUUUUGCGAGAAGUUUUGCAAUUGCAGCAGCGAUUGCCAGAAUCGUUUUCCAGGCUGUCGUUGCAAAGCGCAGUGCAAUACAAAGCAAUGUCCUUGCUACUUGGCGGUGCGAGAAUGCGAUCCAGACUUGUGUCAGGCUUGCGGAGCCGAUCAAUUCAAGCUGACCAAAAUUACGUGCAAGAAUGUCUGCGUCCAGCGUGGAUUGCACAAACAUUUACUGAUGGCGCCGUCGGAUAUUGCCGGAUGGGGCAUUUUCCUUAAGGAAGGCGCACAGAAAAAUGARUUCAUAUCAGAAUAUUGCGGUGAGAUAAUCUCGCAGGAUGAGGCGGAUCGUCGUGGCAAAGUGUAUGACAAGUACAUGUGCUCAUUUUUGUUCAAUUUGAACAAUGACUUCGUAGUGGAUGCCACGCGAAAAGGCAACAAGAUUCGGUUUGCCAACCAUUCAAUCAAUCCCAAUUGCUAUGCCAAGGUCAUGAUGGUCACCGGGGAUCAUCGCAUCGGAAUAUUUGCCAAGCGCGCCAUACAGCCAGGCGAGGAGUUGUUCUUCGACUACAGAUACGGACCUACCGAACAGCUCAAAUUUGUGGGCAUCGAGCGUGAAAUGGAAAUCGUUUAAUGUGCUUACAAACAAUUAUAUACAACAAUACUUAUCUACUCAACUAAAUACAUAUUGACGCAAAAUCAA